UACCGAUUAAGUGACAUAAGUAAAUUGUUGACUCCGUUAACUGUAUAUCGUAUGCUUUAUUUGUUUAAUAUUUUUCUUAUUAAUUUUGCAUUUUGAAUUUCAUAGUAUCAAUCCAUUGCAGAUCUAAACUCCAUGAGUAAAGGGUCACCAUUUGCUAAACCAGCCGACCCUCAAUCUCAGCUGGAUCUGCCAAGCAUCCUUUCAAAUUCUAAUAAUGCUCAUCGGCAUCCCAUUCCGUCAUUAAAUCUUGAGAGUUCUCAUAAUAUUCCAAGACACCAUGCUCGAUCUUCUUCGAAUAUUCCAUCAAUAACAGCUCCAACAGUCAAGACAGUCCCAAGUACACCAUUGGUUCAAGCUCAUCCGUCAGAUCCAUCCAUGACCCUUCAUAAAAUCAAAUCUCUUGGAAAAAUCGAUAUUAGAUCUCCUAUACUUGCACGUCUGACAUCGACUUAUUUAUCACCGGUUCCACAUAAUAAUAGUCUUAUUGUUUUAGAUCAUACUCAAAGUAAUAUAAAUGAAGAAAUUUCUUUACAUUCUUCAAGAACAAAUGGCACAAUGUCAUCUAGAUUAUUAAGUAUCGGUCCAAAUGUAAUCUAUUUAUUAAGAGAUUACUAUAAUGAUUUUACAACAAUUGAUUGGGCAAGGGCAUUUAUUAUUACUAAUAAAUUUAAUUUUGAAUUACAACAUAAUCAAUGGUUUCUGGAAACUAAAGAUAAAAUUAUUAAUUUACCAUUUUAUUAUAAAGCAUAUUUCACAUUAGGUAAAUGGGUUCUAAUUGUAAUUAUUGGUUUUAUCUUCUCGUUAAUUGCAUAUACAAUCGAUAAGAUUGAAAUUCUUUUGGUUGGUUUUAAACAUGGUUAUUGUAAAUCUAAUUGGUUUGCAAGUCAAGUAUCAUGUUGUGUGGGGAAGCCAUUAUCAAGAAAUGUCUUUAAAUCAGGUUAUGUUUUUAAAACAAAUCAAGAUCAAUGUGAAGAUUGGCUCUCAUGGUCAGCUUUCUUUCAAGAUAUACCAUUCUACAGUAAAUUAAGAUUUGAUUUUUGGAUAUAUGUAAUAUUAACUAUUUUACUUGCACAUUUGGCUUGUGUAAUUACUUUAACUACUAAAAUAGUAGGUGGAACUGCUAUUUCUUCGAAUGAAGAUAAUGAUGAGGAUGGAGAUGAUAAACCUUCUUCAACAUCACAAAUUGGUCCUCGAGUAAUGUAUACAGCUUACGGUUCUGGUGUUCCAGAAGUUAAGACUAUUUUAUCUGGGUUUGUUAUAAGACGAUUUUUAGGAACUUAUACAUUAAUCACAAAAACAAUCACUUUGAUCCUUGCAAUAGCUUCUGGAAUGGCAUUAGGUAAAGAAGGACCAUAUGUUCAUUUAGCAACUGCAGUAGGAAAUAUAGCUACUAGAUUCUUCCCCUUUAUUAAUAAUAAUGAACUUUUAAAGAAACAAAUUCUUUCUGCUAGUGCUUCUGCUGGAGUAGCUCUUGCAUUUGGAUCACCAUUAGGUGGUGUAUUAUUCAUUUUGGAAGAAAUUAAUCAUUAUCUUCCUUCUCAUCAAUUAUUUCAAAUAUUCUUUUGCGCAAUAAUUUCAACUUUAUUUUUGAAAUUUCUUAAUCCAUAUGGGACAGGAAAGACAGUAUUGUUUGAAUUACAAUAUACUUCUGAUUGGAAUCCUAUAGAGUUGUUGUUUUUCAUUGGAUUAGGAAUGGCAGGUGGUAUUUUUGGCGCAUUGUUUGUAAAGUUUGUGGGAUGGUGGCCAACCAAAUUUAGACAAUUGAAGUAUAUUAAAAAUCAUCCAUUAGUGGAAGUAUUUUGUAUCUCCUUAUUAACAGGAUUAGUUACUUUUUGGAAUAGAUAUACAAAACAAGCUUCAUCAGAGUUGGUAUUAGACUUGGCCACAUCAUGUGCCUCGGAAUUAGAUACGACUUUAUGUCCUACAACGCAUCCUCAAUAUUUAAAGGAAUUACAAUCCUUAAUUUUUGCAUUCAUUGUCAAAGUUAUUUUGACAUUUGUAACAUUCGGUUUGAAAUUACCAUGUGGUAUAUAUGUACCUUCAAUGGUGGCAGGUGCUUUAUAUGGAAGAGUGUUUGCUCUCUUUAUUCAGUAUUUGAACUUCAAAUAUAAUUUAAGUAUAACUGACUUGUCAGAAUCUAAUGCAGGAUCUAUUAUGAAGUAUAUUUGCUCACCUGAAAAGGAUCGGUGUGUGGAUGCUGGGAUUUAUUCUAUGAUAAGUGCAGGAGCAUUUAUGGCUGGAGUAACAAGAAUGAAUAUUACUUUAGUUACUAUUCUUUUUGAAUUGACAAGUUCUUAUACAUAUGUCCUCCCAAUUUCAAUUGCAAUAGCAGUUGCUAAUUGGAGUGGUGGAUUAUUCGAGAAACAUUCAUUAUAUGAAGCAUUAUUGAUUAAGAAUGAUUAUCCCUUCAUGUCAUCAGAAAAUGAAGCUAUUGAUCCAUUUGUUACUGCUGGUGAUUUAGUUAAUGUUCUGGAAACUUUUAACGAAGAAGUAACUAACUCUUCUAAGCAACCAAAACACUUAAGUAUAGUUCAAGAUUUGGUGGCUGAAGAAGAUAAUGAUAAGUUGUAUAUCGAUAUUUCCGACUCCCCUUACGUUGCAACCGCGAUUUUAGAAUCCAAACUAAAAUUGUUAGCCGAUAAAUCAUUAUUGGAUGGAUGCUUACCUCUAAUUAGAGAUAAAGUUUGUGUUGGAUUAAUAUACUUUUCCGAGCUAGAAUUAUGUUUGGAUAGAGUACAAGAAUUUGCUUGUAAGUACAAUAUUAUUGACGAAAUCUAUUGUAAAGUAGCAUCAGAACUGGGUUAUACCAAGUCAUACCAGAAAGAAGCCAUUGAAUUCCAUGAAAGACACAAUUCAGAUAUUUUGAAUCAUAUGUCUGCUAGUUUGAAUGAAAUUGAUUACUUCAAUUAUAGAUCGAUAAAUGAAAUUCCAACUGGGGACAUUGCAGAAUUGUUUAUAGAACUCAUCAAUUUCAUCAAAUUUAUAGAUUUUUCUCCUAUUUUUAUACAUCAUGAUAGUGUGUUAAGUUUUGCACAUUUGAUUUUUGAUAGGAUUGGUACUAGAGUCAUUGUUUUAUUAAAGGGAGGAAACUAUUAUGGAGUGCUACAUAAAAAGGUACUUAUAGAUUAUUGUCGACGUGAAGAGAAGAUUUAGAUUCUUCUUUCCAUUGGAGUACGGACCUAAGUUUCGUAUAACAAUAUGUAUCAGAUAGAAGCUUUUGGAAAAGAAUUAAAUUUUGUUGUCCAGACUUGAGAUUGGGGAACGGUUGUUCCCAGUCGGUAUGUUUGACACUAAUUAAUUCAUAUCUCUCCUGUGAAAAGGAUUCUUCUGAUUUUUGUUUAUAUUCUUUACUUGAUGUUAUUAAAUGAAAAUGAAAAUAAGACUGGCAUAGACCCAUUAAUAUGAAUCUGUAUUGAUUAUUUUGCCACAAGUCAAUCAGUAGCAAAGCGUGAUGAUGAAUUCUUAAAAUGUAAUCAUUCUCUCUUGGGUUAUUCAUAAAGAAAGAUGUUAACCCGUCUAACAAUUUCUUAACCAAGUCAUUCGUUUUAUCUAACACAUAAUUUGUUAUAAGAUGAAGCUCUUUUGUCCUAUCCAAUAAUUUCUCAAGUAAGUAGUCUUCUUGACCAUGUAAUAUCUGAUAACACUGAAC